AUGUUAUCAGGACCAGUGUCAGGUUGCACAGGACGCCGGCCUUUGGACCAAAAGGACACGUCAAUUAUCUCGUGCUCUGCGCCUACAGUGCCAGGACACUCUCCACCAACGCCGAUGUUCACGCCCUUCUCGAAGCUGCAGGGUGCAUCAACUAUACAUACUCACCUUGCAGGGAACAAAGUCAAGGAAGACGGAUGUGAGGCAGAUCAGUGA